GAAGUCCACGUGGCCAUAGUCUCUCUGGGAUUUGUGUUUGAAGUCUCCAAGUGAGCCAUGUUCUUCCGCAGUCCCAUUCUUCUCUUGGACAAGUCCAAGCGACUGGUGGUGAAACUGGCUAGCUCGGUGGGUACGGGCUUCGCAUAUUGGACGGAGAAGUCCCCUUUGAAGAAGGAUUUUCGGAUGGCUUUGCGGAAGUUCGAUCCGCUCGUGAACCGCCAUGUCAUGUUCUACGAGGUUGCUCUGGGAAAGCAAAGAAAAGGCAAGAGGGGGCGACCACAAACUUGGGCAAGAUGGACGGGCAUCGGCAUUGAGGAUAUGGUAAAGAAAGUAGCCCGGCAACACGAGAAGUGUGGCUUCUUCUGAAGCACGAGAAGCUAGUUGGUUUCCGAAGCUGGGUGAAAAGAAGAUCCUGCAAUACCAAGCAAGGAUUUGAAUUAGCUUGUACUUGUUUGCAAAGGGUUUUGAGGAGAGGGCUUUUCAGUCUUUGAGCUCAAACACAUGGAAAGCGUAUGGAUUGGCAAUUGCCAGAGGCUCCAGCAGCUUGAGCCACAGUCUUCAUGUCC